GGUGUAGCCGUCGGGUCACUUCACAGUUGCCAAGCCGAGUUUGACUGAGCUUGGUCUGAGUUGGAUUUAUAACUUGUGUCGUGGAGGAGGUUACUGGUGGCUUUUCCUGUUUCUUCGGUCUUUUAUGUGAUACAAACCGUGUUGCUGGGCAAAUCGAUACCGGAGUGUUCGCGGGUUCUCCCGAUGCUUUGCUUGGGCACAUCAGGAGUGUAGUUGUUAUCCCCGGGGAUCUGCAUGACAAACUCGCCGGAUGGUAACACUUCCCGUGCACAUCCCCUGAACACAAACAGCGCUGACCAGGGAGAGCAGGGCGUUUAAAUGGAUCGCCAACCCAGCCUCAUAGCUAUCUGGCUGCAACUGGAGCUGUGUGCCAUGGCCAUUCUGUUAACGAAAGGUGAAAUCAGAUGCUAUUGUGAUGCCCCACACUGUGUUGCAACUGGAUAUAUGUGCAAAUCUGAACUGAAUGCCUGCUUUUCAAGGCUACUCGAUCCACAAAACACAAAUUCUCCUCUGACACAUGGUUGUCUGGACUCUGUUGCUAACACAGCAGAUCUCUGCAAAAUGAAGACUUUACAGAACCAAACGGGCACUACUGCGGCGCUCAAAUUGGAGUGCUGUCAUGAAGAUAUGUGUAAUUACAGAGGCCUGCAAGAUGUUCUUUCUCCUCCCAAGAUUGAUACAUCAGGCACUGGGAGCAAGUAUCAACAUGAAAGCACAAGGAACCUCAUCACUAAGGUUCAAGAGCUUACGUCUUCAAAAGAACUAUGGUUUAGAGCUGCGGUAAUUGCAGUCCCUAUAGCUGGUGGACUGAUCCUUGUUCUUUUAAUUAUGCUUGCGCUUCGGAUGCUCCGUAGUGAAAACAAAAGGUUACAGGACCAGAGGCAGCAAAUGCUUUCUCGGUUGCAUUACAGUUUUCAUGGACACCAUUCCAAGAAAGGCCAAGUAGCUAAAUUAGACUUGGAAUGCAUGGUCCCAGUGACUGGACAGGAGAACUGUUGUCUGACUUGUGAUAAAAUGAGGCACACAGACCUCUGCAAUGACAAAAUCAUCUCAUUAGUUCAUUGGGGAAUGUACAGCGGUCAUGGGAAGCUGGAAUUUGUAUGACCGUCUUUAAAAUGAUGGACCCAAUUGAUGGAGGACUUUUUUUUUGGAUCUGCUGAAUAGGAGCACUUUAUCUUUUUUGAAGACAUUAAGCUCAUCCUCGGGAGGGAGGAGCUUGGACCUUUGCUGAGUGAAGGAUUCCAAAAAGAUGUCUUAUUUGCACAGACUCUGUAUUUCUUUUUAACAUUGCAAGAUGUAGAGGUUGUACACACUGUCACUGAAGUUUUCUGAACUUUAGGAAGUUGAUAUUUGUCAUUGAAAUACUGUUCACAAUGUACAAAUUCCUAUAUAUGUUUAAUGUAAAGAUUUUUUCAAAUAUAUAUUUUGUCUGGAAUAUAA